UUUUAUUGGCACCCUUUGAAGUCUUGGUUGUAUAUGAUUUGAGUCCAAAGAGCAACCGGCAAGUCCGUGAAAGAAAUGGCAACGUCUGUUUUAAAGGCAGUGAAGUUUGCACGACUACGGAGUCCAAGCUUCUUAGCACAAAGACAUUGGUUGAGUACCUCAUCAAUUUUACAAAAGCAUCUCAAAUAUGAAAUCAAAGAUGAUGUUGCUGUGAUCACAUUUGAUACACCAGGAUCAAAGGUGAAUGCACUGUCAAGAGAUGUUCAAUCAGAAUUUGAAGAAUGCUUCAACAAGGCUUCCAAAGAUCCCAAUGUCCACAGUAUGGUCCUCAGGUCAGGGAAGCCUGGGUGUUUCAUCGCUGGAGCAGACAUUGGGAUGCUGGAGGCAUGUAAAACUGCAGAGGAAGUAGAGACUCUUGCAAAAAAUGGACAGGCUCUGUUCCAGAAAAUGGAGGACAGUAAAAAACCAAUAGUAGCUGCCAUAAUGGGUCAGUGCUUAGGAGGGGGACUGGAGGUGGCCUUGGCUUGUCAAUACAGAAUUGCUGUGAAGAACAAAAAGACAGCACUAGCUACACCAGAAGUGAUGUUAGGUCUCUUACCAGGAGCAGGGGGAACUCAGCGACUCCCAAAACUGGUCCCAAUGCAAACUGCAUUAGAUAUGGUGCUGACUGGGAAAAACAUAAAAGCAGACAAAGCCAAGAAACUGGGACUUGUUGAUCACCUGGUGGAUCCAUUAGGACCAGGCAUUGAUGACCCAGAAGUCAGGACCCUGGCCUAUCUGGAAGAGGUUGCCAUUGGAGAAGCCAAAAGGCUGGCAGUGUCAAAAACUCCAAGAGUUCCAAGAAAGAAAAAGUUCAUGGAAAAAGCCAUAGAUUUGGUGUUGGCUGUGCCUGCAGGGAGGAAUUAUUUUUUUGACAAAGCUAAGCAGGCAGUUAAUAAGAAAACAAAGGGACUGUACCCCGCCCCUCUAAAAAUCAUUGAUGUUGUGAAAAAUGGCAUAGAAAAUCCAGCUACUGGAUAUGAAAUGGAGGCAAAGGCAUUUGGGGAGCUGGCAAUGACUAGUGAAUCCAAAGCUCUGAUUGGUCUAUAUUAUGGAACAACAGCCUGUAAAAAGAACAAGUUUGGUGCACCGAGUCGUCCCUCGCAAUCAAUUGGAAUCCUUGGGGCAGGUCUGAUGGGAGCCGGCAUUGCUCAUGUCUCAAUAGAUAAGAAUAUGCAUGUCUAUUUGAAGGACAUGUCUCUGUCUGGACUGGCUAGGGGCCAAGAACAAAUCUACAAAGGUUUGCAGACUGACGUCAAGAAAAAGAAGAUGACUAGUUUUGAGAGAGACUUGUUUUAUUCUAACCUGGAUGCCACAUUAACUUACGAUGACUUCCAUAAAUGUGAUAUGGUCAUUGAGGCUGUGUUUGAGGAUCUGAAUAUCAAACAUCAUGUCAUCAAGGAGGUGGAACAGUGUAUCCCGGAACACUGUGUUUUUGCCUCUAACACAUCAGCUUUACCUAUAGCUCAGAUUGCAAAGGCCAGUCUUCGACCAGAGAAGGUCAUUGGAAUGCACUACUUUUCACCUGUAGAGAAAAUGCAACUCUUGGAAAUUAUCACCACACCAGAGACCUCAAAAGAUACUGUUGCCACCGCUGUUGAUGUGGGGCUCCGUCAGGGGAAAUUGGUCAUCAUUGUUGGUGAUGGUCCAGGCUUCUACACGACCAGAAUCCUGGCUCCUAUGUUGGCUGAGGCUGUUCGACUCCUACAGGAGGGUGUUAGCCCACAGCAGCUGGACAAGGUAACCACAGGCUUUGGUUGGCCAGUAGGAAUGGCAACACUGGCCGAUGAAGUGGGCAUUGAUGUGGCAGCUCAUGUGGCCGAGGAUCUUGGGAAGGCUUUCGGCAGUCGCUUUGGAGGAGGUGAUCCUGCCGUCCUGAAAGAAAUGGUAGCAGCUGGGUGUUUAGGUAGGAAAUCAGGCAAAGGAUGUUUUGUGUAUGAUCCAAGUAAAGGCAAAAAGAAGGGAAAAACAGAAAACAUGGAGGCCCUAGCAAUUCUUAACAGACACCGACUAGCUCCGACAGAGGCAAAUUCAACAGAGGACUACCAAUACAGACUGUUCUCACGAUUUGUCAAUGAAGCUGUGAUGUGUCUACAGGAGGGAAUUCUCACAACACCCGUGGAGGGUGAUAUUGGAGCUGUAUUUGGACUUGGAUUCCCACCAUUUUUUGGAGGUCCAUUCCGCUAUGUUGACCUUCAUGGCGCCGGACAAUUAGUGGACAGAAUGAGGCGGUAUGAACAACUCUAUGGAGAACAAUUCACGCCGUGCCAGUUAUUACUUGACCAUGCUAAAGACUCUUCUAAGAAAUUUCACCAGUCCAAGUGACCUCUAGAUCUAGCAUAAUCAGACUUGAACAAGUGAUGUCAUGUGACAUAUCAUGUCAUGUGACAUGUCAUGUGACAUGAAUCAGGUCAUCUAUUGACAUAGACAUUGUGAUAUCUGUUCUCAUUGAAUUCUCAUUACCUGUUUGAUUGUUGGGAAAACUUCAUAUUAUUUUGCAUUAUGACUGAUCAUAUAUUUAUGAAUAAAAUUAUUUAUAAACAUUAAAA